CCCUUUAUGAGUACAAGUUACAAACUCAACUGCUAACUGGAACUGGCCUUUGAACUGAGUUAACUGACCAGAGCAUACUGCUGGUACAGCCACAAUAAAAGAGCCAAGCUGACUUAAAGAAACAACCCCGCUUUAAGAAUCAUGCAAGGAGCUGAGGUUGAUCUGGUCUUGGAAGAGAUUACGAAGAUUGGUGCCAAAAAUGUGGCCUUGCAAAUUCCGUCUCAUCUGCUGAAACAUGCUAGGCAAUGGGUUCUCGGAUUGGAAAGUGGACUGAAAUAUCAAGAUGUGGUUGUUCAGGUUCUGGCAGACAACAACUACAGCGAGUGUUGUGUGGAUGAGAUCACAGCUGCCCACGUAGUGGCAUGCGACUUGAUUGUUCACUUCGGUCACUGCUGUUACAGUGCUCCCUCAAUUUACCCCACACUUAUCAUACCUUCUUAUCAUACUAUGGUGUCUGGGUCAAGUAAGCUGGACGACGAUUCAGUUAGAAAAAAGAGAUGUGCUGAAUUUCUUGUGAACAAGAUUAAUCCCGGAGAAAAAACAUGCGUUUACUUUUCGGAUGAUUUCGACUUCUCUUUAUCGGACUUAACUAUUCACGCAGCCGAACUAUCAGAUCUCGACAUCGAUUUCGGAAAAACCAACCGACUCAUGAAACCUUCUUGCAAAAGUGACGGACUUGAUUUCGGUCGAAAAUUUGGCGAGUCUCAAAAUUUGAUUAAGAAUAUCGUUUAUUUUGGAGGCUCAGAAGAUAGGUUACUGCAUCUUGUGUGUUUGAAGUAUUUUGUGUCUUCUACGUUGUAUGCAUUUGACCCCGCGACUUCUAAAGAAAUUACUUGUAUGUCGAUUGUUCGAAAAUUGUCAACGAGGAGGUCACACCUUAUUGAGAGAGCAAAGGAAGCAGACAUAAUUGGAAUUCUGAUUGGCACACUGUCGGUUAGAGGGUACAGAGAAGCCAUCGACUUCAGUCGCAACCUAGUCAGACUGGCAGGCAAGAAGAGCUACACAUUUGUGGUCGGAAAAAUAAAUGUGGCAAAACUCGCCAAUUUUGCUGAGAUUGAUGCUUUUGUCCUGAUAUCUUGCGCCGAGACUAGUUUAAAUGAUCACAGCGAGUUCUUCAAACCAGUGUUGUCAGUAUGCGAACUUAAUUACGCCUUGAACCCAAAUGCGACCUGGGAUGGAUCAUUUGACCUUGACUUUUCAAACGUCGUGAAGAAACAUGCAAGUGAAGUUGAACAAUUGCUGAAGGAAAACCAAAAUUACGAAAUCCAUUCACAGGGCGAUUCGAGUUCACAGGUAGCGUUAAGAGGAGAAUUUUCCUUAGUUCCAAAAACUGCUGCGUCCUUUUUGCAAAAUCGUUCAUGGCAGGGACUCGAAAUGAAACUCGAACAGAACGAAGUUUGUAAAAUUGAGCCGGGUUUGAGUGGGAUUCCUAUGAAGUAUGAUAAAGAGUUCUAAUUUAAAUUUUUUAAUUUA